UCCAAUUUUAAAUUUGACUAUAAUUGCUCCCUCCCAAUUACUCCCCAUUCUCGUUGCAUUAUCUCUCAUCAAUUAACUUUCAGUUUUGUUUUUAAGUCAAGUUUAAGUUAAUUCAGUAUACGCGCGUUCAUAUUGAUGGUGGGUACUACUUCUACUGGAUGUUGUUGACAUUCUAGUAAAAUUGAUAUUGGACAAAAUUUUUCUGUAUUAUUGGUAUUUGAGAAGUGAUCUUUGUUUACUAGGCUUCAAUUUUAUAUAGUGAAUAGUUGUGAAAUUUUGUUGUAGUCAAGUUUUUGAAAUCCAGUCAGAAUGUUGGGAAUAUUCAAUUUUAUGGAAGGAUAUAACCAUUUUAUGAAAAUACAUUCAGAUCCGAGAACAAAAGACUGGUUCCUGGCAGGAAAACUUGGACAUUUAAUACUUAUCCUAGUUACUUAUGUGUAUUUCUGUACAAAGAUUGGACCGAAGUUAAUGAAAAACAAGAAGCCAUUUGAAUUGAAGAAGACCAUCCAAAUAUACAAUUUACUACAAGUAUUUGCAAGUGUAUAUUUAUUCUACGAGGGUCUUGCAGCUGGAUGGGCAACAGAUUACAAUUAUACGUGUCAACCACUUGUUCCAGGUGAAAAAGGAAUGAGGAUGGCAAAAGCUGUUUACUUCUACUUUAUUUGUAAAUUAGUGGAAUUGUUAGAUACGGUAUUUUUCAUUUUACGUAAAAAAUAUAACCAGGUGACGUACUUACAUCUUUAUCACCAUACAAUUAUGCCAAUGUGCGCUUGGAUUGGAGUUACCUUUUUCCCAGGUGGUCAUGGAACCCUUUUGGGACUCAUAAAUUGUUUUAUUCAUGUGAUAAUGUACGUCUACUACUUUCUUUCCUCACUAGGUCCACAAUACCAACCAUAUCUAUGGUGGAAAAAAUAUGUUACAAAACUACAAAUGAUUCAAUUCUGCAUCGUUUUCUGGCACAACUUCCAAGUACUGUUCAAAUCUUGCGACUACCCAAAAUUUUUGAAUAUCCUUCUCGCCAGUCAAGCCGCUUACUUCCUGUACCUUUUCGGCUGCUUCUACGUGAAUAGCUACAUAAAAAAUAAGAAAUCCAAGUUAGAUCAAGAAGUAAUAACUAAUAGAGUUAGUAGGAACGGCUUACAAAACGGACAAAUCAAAAACAAUUCCACAACAAACGGUCACUUGGUGAACGAUUUUACUUCGGUGGACCCUUUCAAAACCAGUAAAACGAAAGCUAAUUAUUACAGUGAAUUUUUAGUUCUUUCAAAGAAAUCAUCAAAAAUGGCCUUAGCAUUGAAAAGAUUAUAUCAAACAUGGAAUUGGAUCUUCGAUGAACUGGCGGAUAAGCGAGCAACAGAACAGAAUUUGUUUUUAAUGUCAUCAGUUUUGCUGCCGAUAUCAAUAAUUGCCGCUUACUUUUACUUCAUUUAUAAUUUGGGGCCUCGUUUAAUGGAAAAUCGAAAACCUUUCAACCUCCGAAAUAUACUACUAGUAUACAAUUUUUCGCAAGUCAUUGCAAAUUUUUAUAUAGUAAGCGAGGCCGUUCCCGAGAUAUGGUAUCACGUGAAUUGGAGCUGUCAGAAGAUUGACUACAGCAAUAGUUCUCACGCCCUACAUAUACUAAAGCUGUACCACUUCUUUUUCCUUACUAGAAUGUUCGAUCUAUUAGAAACGAUAUUUUUCGUAUUAAGAAAAAAGCAAAAACAAGUGUCAUUUUUGCAUGUCUAUCAUCAUGCUGGUAUGUUUCUUAUGACAUGGAUCUGCGUAAAAUUCGUUGCAGGCGGAUAUGGUUCGUGGGUUGGAUUAAUAAAUUCGACUGUACAUGUUGUCAUGUACAUCUACUACUUCCUUUCAGCUUUGGAUGAUAAAUGGAAACGGAAUAUAACAUUCAAGAAAUCCAUCACACAAUUGCAAUUGGUUCAGUUUUCACUAUUGAUAUUCAUCUAUGGAAGACAAUUAUUCAUAGAAUGCGAGUAUCCACGCAUUUUAUCUUAUUUCUUUGUACCCCAAAAUUUCUUUAUGUUGAUACUCUUUGGAGACUUCUAUAGGAAAGCCUAUUUUAAUAAAUCUGUCAAACCACGAGCGCAAGAUUAAACGUUGAUAUCAUCAUAGGAAUGGUGACUUUGUUUUAGAAGUUAUGAAUAUGUAUUUAUAGUUUCGGUUAUUUACUAAACGUAUAGUUGAUUUUUUGCAAAACAUACAUUCAUUUAUAAGGUUAAAUUAAUUCCUUGGUUCUUUCUUCAUUCUUUAACAAACUCAAUAUUUUAACAAACCUUGAUUAUUUUGUUAAGAAAAUUAUAUAUUAUUUUACUUAUCACUUCCACUAUAAUUUUUUUGACAAGAAUCGUUUCCUUAUCGAUCUCACGAUUGUUAUUAGCGAUUACCCAGAAAAUAAAGCUCUAAAAAAGGCAAAACCUCGCCAUUUUUUGUGGUUUGUGAAAAAAUUUGGAAUUACCAUUCCACACUUUUUGUUUUUUAAGGGUGAAAACUAGCCCUAAUUUUAAAAAAAUAUCAAAUAACAUUUUAAACCUUAAUAUGGGUGAAAUUUGGCUUGGAUUAGUUAAAUAAGAAUUGUUUAAUGUUGUAGGAUACAAUUUCAUAAUAUUUCAACCCUUAAUAAUAAAGCCAUUUUUAUAAUAUAACUUAGUUAUCUAAAUACAAAAAAAGUAGAAUUCCGUAGAAAAAAAUAUUUUAACACAUACAUUUACAUACAUAGUUACGUAUUACAUGCAAUGAAAUUUACAAAUCUGGCUCAUUAAUUUUAUUUCCAUCAAAGUCGAUGUUGUCUUCGUCCUCUUCAAUUACUGGUGAACUAUUAUUGCAGUAUCCACCCGAGCAGAACAAGUGGAAUUGCAGUACAAACAAAGUUUUCUUCACCCGCAUAAAGUGCCGCACCCUCUUUUGCAUUAACAAAAAAUCAUUUUUAAAAGUUCCUCGGUACGUGGUGUAAUAAACAUUCAUUAAAAUGCCUUCCUCAAUCUACUGCUCUGAUGUUUUCAUUUCUAAGCCAUUCUUGAAUUUGAUACCCUUUAACCCACCACUGUGAAGAGUAAAGGUAUAUCUAUGUAUAUAAAAAAAUGUCCAUCGAAGUGUUUUGAAUAAGGAUGGCGCCACAUUAGCAUGGGGGUGAAUUCCAUACUUAUUCUUUUAGGUUAUAUUUAAUAUGAUACACAUUUUUUUUAUAAAUUUUUCAUUGACAAAAUAUUGAUUAAACUAUAUAUAUAUAUAUAUAUAUAUAUAUAUAUAUAUAUAUAUAUAUAUAUAUAUAUAUAUAUAUUAGAAUUUAUAUUAUAAAUUUUGUAAGAAUGUUUUUUAUGUCAAAUACUAAGUAAACAUUAUUGCUUUUAUAAACAUUAAUACAUAAUAAAGUGAUAUACGUAUUUGAUGAUUACCAUAUUGUGAUCGUUUUUCUUAGUUAUUUGUAAUGAAAAAAAUACAAGAAAAAACAAAUAUUAAUAAGACAUGCAAUACAUUCUUACUAUGUUACUAUCUGAAACUUAAAUAACUGUUCACAUAUAGAGGUAGCACAUUCAUUGCACCCUAUAAUAUGCCAAUAUUCCUUAUUCAGUAAUUUCUCUUGUAUUUUGACCUAUUACAACUAACCAUACUUUUAGACAUAAAUUAAACAAUAGAUGAAAUAGCAAUAAGUAAGUAGCUCACAAAGAAGCUGUUACUUUAGCGCUAUGGUAGUAAAAUGUCGAUUUAUUACAAAUAAGUCCCUUCUAUUUUGGUAUAACAACAUUGUUAACUGUUAAAUACACAGAUUUCUUUUUAAAAA